CAGUCAUUCACCGGAUUAUAACAGCCCACCACACACAAACCAAACAUGAAGGCCUUUAUCGUGUUCGCCUGUCUGGCAGUGGCGACGGCCCGCGCUGGAAUCGCGCACGGAGGCUACGGUGGACACGGAGGUUACGGCUACGCCGGCCACGGUGGCGCUGGGCUCAGUGGAGGUCUGGCCGCGGGGGCGGGCACCGCGAACUCGCUCCAGGGUGGUGCGUCCAGUCUGGGAUCGGGUGGUCUGGGAGCUAGCUACGCCGCUGGCGCCGCCUCGGCAGCCGGAGCUGCGGGAGUACAACAGAUCGUCUCCGGUGGUGUGCUCGGUGGAAGGGCCGACAUUGGACCGGCCGAGGGACCCAAAGCCAACGUAGGACCCCAGAGCGGACCGUCGGACCUCGUGGGACCCCAGGAGGGCGCCAAGUCCAUCGGAGGACCCCGUACCGGCCCGUCCAGUCUCGUGGGACCCGCCGCUGGCCCAUCGACCCUCAUUGGACCGAGCCAGGGCACGGCUACCCUCGUCGGGCCCAGCCAGGCUACCGCUAACCUCGUCGGACCCAGCUACGGAGGUGUUGCCUUCUACGCCGGAUCCGGUGGCAUCAACGGUGACGACGGUAGCUCUGGAUCUGCUGCCGCUGCCGCUCCCGGUGGCCUUGUUGGACCUUCUUGUCGCACAGGUUACGGCGCUGGUGCCAUCGCUGUCAUCGGAGGAGGAGGCCCCGGCAUCCACGGUGGUAUUGGAGGCCACGACGCAGGAGUGGCAGUGAUCAACGGACCAAGUGGAGCCAUCCACGCAGGUCUCGGCAGUCACGGGGCAAUCAUCCCAGGCCCCAUCCAUGGAAAAUGGUAA